CCAGCGCCACCCCCCGCGCACACGAGCCCGACUCAGUGUGCGGAGAAGUGCGUUCGGGCUUAAUUAAGCAGUGGCCCCGGCGUUUGGGAUACAGAAAAAGCGUGAGAGAGAGAGGAAGGGGGGGGGGAGAAGCCACACAGCCCCGGCGCCUGCUCGGCGCACAGGCCCGGGGAUAGGGAGAGAACCCAUACGGCAAGAGGAGGACGGAGGGAGGCAGGAGAGGCAGCGCGUCCCGCGCGCGCCCUGGAGAGAUAAUGUGCCGCGCGUUCGGAGCGAUCGUUUCGUCCACUCGUGGCGCCCAUCACCACAAGUGAGGACAUUUGCGCGAACCGGAGGGGAGCACACGCCGGCGCUGCUGCUACCAGUGUGCAGCGCGCGUGAGCAGACAGCCAAGGCAAGGAGGAGCGCUACUCUUCGCCCGGUUGGGGGGUCUGGGAAGGGCCCCCCCCCGCCCACGCACACACACCCUGAAGUGCCGUGGAUGCUCCAGCUGAGGUUCGGAAAGUCGACGAUCCUCCCCCGCUGGGCCGGAACUGAAAGCGGCGACCAGCAGCCGGUCAUGGCCAGCGGGUGCGGGGCGUGGGCGGCGCGCCCCGGCUGGCUGCCGCCGCCGCUGCUGGUGCCGCUGCUACUGCUGCUGCUUCUGUCCAGGCUGUCGAGCGCCGAGGAGUUCAAAGUGAGCUACCGAGUCGCCGAGGAGCUACGUGAGGGCGCCUUCAUAGGCAACCCGAGCGUCGACCUCCGCCUGGCGGACUACAACCUCGAGCUGACCUACAAGGUGAUGUUGUCCAAAGCCGAGGACGCGGCGCCCCCGCUGGUGCGGGUGAACCCGCGCACGGGGGAGCUCUUCGCCGCGGGGCGCAAGAUGGACAGGGAGGCCCUGUGCGGGGGUCAGGACCCCGGCGACGAGUGCCACGUGGACGUGCAGGUGGGCGUCUUGCCCGUGCUGCCCGGGCCCUUCUUCAAGCUCAUCGAGGUGCGCAUCAACGUGGAGGACAUCAACGACAACGCGCCGGCCUUCGCGGCGCCCGUGCUCACGGUGUCCGUGCCGGAGAACGCGCCGGCGGGGAAGCGUUUCCCGAUACAGCCGGCCAACGACCCCGACAGCGAGGCCAACGGCGUGCGCCGCUACGAGCUGCUGCCCAGCGACCCGGCGACGGUCAGCACCUUCGAGCUGAGCGUCACCGAGACGGCCGAUGGCGAGAAAGUGCCUUACCUGGUGGUGCGCAAGAGCCUGGACCGCGAGGAGCGGCAGCUGUACGAGAUGAAUCUGCGCGCCGUGGACGGGGGCUCGCCGCCCCACUCGGGCUCCGCCGUGCUGCGCAUCAACGUCACCGACACCAACGACAACAGCCCCGUGUUCGACCAGGCGGAGGUGAACGUGGAGAUCCCCGAGAACUCGCCGGUGGGGACCCACGUGGUGCAGCUGCACGCCUCCGACCGCGACGCGGGCUCGAACGCCGAGGUGGUGUACCGCCUCGGCACGAGCACAAGCGGAGCCGGGUCGGGCCAGGGCGGAAAGCGCCUCUUCCGCCUCGACCAGAACAGCGGACUGGUGACGGUCAACGGGCUCCUCAAUCGCGAAGAGAGCCCCGUUUACCGCAUCAUCAUUCUGGCCACCGACAAAGGGCCCGAGCCCGUGCCAGCGACAGCCACCGUGACGGUGACCGUGACCGAUGUGAACGACAACUCGCCCACCAUCGAGAUAAGGGACAUCGUCGCACCCGUCAACGGUGUGAUCUACAUCUCAGAGGCGUCGCACGUCAAUCUCCCUGUGGCGCUUAUCACGGUUUCAGACCCAGACAUUGGUGCCAAUGGUGCAGUGACGUGCUACAUCUACAAUCCGGAAGUUCCAUUUCAGCUCAAAAAGUUAACCUACCCAAACCAGUACCUUCUGGAGACACGGGAGACUCUGGAUUACGAGACAAAGAACGAGUACGUGGUGCAGAUAAAGGCAGCCGACGCAGGAGCGACAAGCCUCUCUCGGACAAUGUCGGUCACAAUAAAAUUGCUUGACAGCAAUGAUAAUGCCCCGGUGUUUACAGAGCCAACAUACAAGGUAUCCGUCCCUGAAAACAACGUGAUUGGAAAACACCUGAUCACUGUCAGCGCCACUGACAGAGACAUGGACAAAAAUGCAGAGAUGGUUUACUUUUUGGGACCAGAUGCACCCACGAUGUUUCACAUGGACCCAGAAACGGGCAUCAUUUCUUUGACCGAGCAGCUGGACAGGGAAAAAAAGUCGAAUUACUCUUUCACCAUCCUGGCUAAGGACCAGGGUAUACCAGUGUUGGAGGGCAAUGCGACCGUCAUCGUGAAUGUCCUCGACGUGAACGACAACAGGCCUCGAUUCAGCCUGGCCGAGUUUGACUUCUACGUGAACGAGAAUGUGCCCAAGCACAGCACCGUGGGCAUGGUGACGGUGGCCGACUCGGACGAAGGGGAGAACGGACGCGUCCGCCUCUCCAUCCUCGGCACGGACAAUCGGCAGCUCUUCAGCAUCGACCCGGAAUCCGGCAUGAUCCGCUCAAACGUGGGCUUCGACAGGGAGCAGAGGCACUACUACGUGCUGGAGGUGCAGGCGACAGACGGAGGGGAGCCCGUGAGAUCCUCCACGGUCAAGGUGGUCAUACACGUCAUGGACAUCAACGACAACUCGCCCAUCGUGCUCAUGCCGCCUUCCAACACCACCUACAAGUUCGUCGUGCCGCGCACGCUGCCCGGCACGAUCGUGACCGAGGUUUCUGCCGUCGACAACGACGCCGAGAUCAACGCGGAGCUGCGGUACCACAUCGUCGGCGGGAACCCGCACAAUUUGUUCCACAUCGACCCCGUGAUAGGAAACAUCACGCUGAUGGAGCCCCUGACGGAGACGCACCACGGCCUGCACCGGCUGGUGGUGCGCGUGAGUGACAUCGGGAUCGCGGUGCAGCAUCACGCCGUGGCCUUGGUGCACGUGUUUGUCAACGAGACGCUGGAGAAUGCCACGUACAUAGAGUGGCUGAUUGCCGGCAGCCUGCAAACACCUCUGGACACGGACGUCGCUGGCUUUGGCAGGCGGGAGCAAGAGGACAAUAAGGUGCUGCUUUUGGCAGCUGUGUUGGCCGGGGUCCUGGGAGUUGCCCUCAUAGUGUUACUGGGUGUCCUGGUGCACCGCUGCUAUUGCAACCGGCGCAAGGGCGGGGGUGGGGGCAUCGUGAGGGCCAAGCACGGUGGGCAAGAGUGGCUCUCCCCAACGCAGGAGAAAAAGCACAGCAACGGCGGCAAAAAUAACAAGAAGUCGGACAACAGGAAAAAAAAGAAGCACGCGAACGGCGCUCCGUUCAGCAUAGCGAUCGAAGCGAGCAAAAAUUCUGAAGACCCAACGUAUCAGACGAUUAACGAGGCCAUGAGUUGGGGGCACGAGUCCGAUGCCCCCAGCCCCAUCUACGGGCUCGGUGGCGGAGGAGGCGGUGGCGACGGGGUGGCCACGACCUUCAAGCCCGGCUCGAGCAGCGGCACCGUUGGUGGCGGCGGCAGUGGAGGAGGAGGAGGGGGAGGAGGAGGGAGCAACGGCGGAGGCGGCGGUGGGUCCGAGAGCCCCGACCUGGCGCGGCACUACCGCUCGACCUCGCCCGUCACGCCCGUAAGCCUCCCCCAAGCCACGCAGCAGACUCCCACCGCGGGGAAAAAGUACGGCGUCAUCCAGGAGCUCCCAGUGGCCAACACGUUCGUGGGCAGCGGCGGAAGCGGCGUCGGGGGCGUCGGCGGCGCUGGGAACGGGGCCUGCGCCGGCGGAGGCAACGGGGGAAACGACUGCAUGUCGUCCAAACGCUCGUCCAUCAGCUCGGAGCACUACAGCCACUCGGAGACGGAGUGCAGCUCGCAGAGCGGUGGGAACAACAGCAGCGGCGGUGGCGGUGGCGGCGGUGGCGGCUGCGGCGGUGGCGGAGGUGGCAACAACAAAGGCGGGGGUCAGCGCUACAACAGACAGCCCCAGCGCCGUGUGAAAUUCACCCUGGACGGGGAGUGCUACGGCUCGUCGCAGCAGAGCUGCGCCGACAGCGGCCUCGGCGACACGUCCGACGGCGGGCCUCCGCUGGGGCCAGCCAUGGCCUACCGGCCGGGCGGCAUCACGGGAGCUGCCAUGGAGCUCGGCUCGGGUCCCGCGGGCUCCGGGGGAGGGGCCGAGCACGGCCCCGGUCUCCCGGGGGGAGGAGGCGGCUGCUGCUACUACCAGCUGACGCCGCUCACGGACGAAGGGCACGAGAGGAGCACCCCGGACGGCAGCAUCGGGGAGAUUGAGCACCUGGAGCACGGCUGCACAGCCCCAAUGCUUCCCAAGGACCUGCCUGAUGUGACUGUGAUCGCGUCGCGUUGCACGUCCGACUGCCAGCGCUAUGGCCACUCCGACUUGUGCUGGAUGCCCCCGGAGCCCGAGACCGCUCUACUGCUCGACAAGUCCAUGCCAGCCGCUCCCACCCAGCACGUGCCCAUCUCCCGUGCCCGCUUGCCCGCCGUCAACGCCGUCCCACUGAGCGCGGCCGCCGUGGCCUCCAACCCUAACGCCGCCGACCUUGGCACCAACGCCCGAGGCGUCCAGCACCCGGCACCGCCGUUCUCCACCUUCAUGGGUCCCACGCGAGAGCGGGCCUCCAGCCGUACCCCCACCCCGGCCGUGUCCCCCACCUCGGCCAACACCGCUCCAUCUGUCCCAGCUGCUGCUGCUGCUGCUGCUGCCACUGGCCCGUCCGAUGAGCACGCGCCACAGGGGAACCUCUGGGAAGACCGAAACCGAAACCACCUGCUACUGCGACAGGCUGCAUACGCCGCGGGUCUCGGGGGCGGCCCUGGCAUUGGCAUGGCAGCCUUCAGGCAGCUUUCAGAUGGUGACGGUGGGAAAGAAAAGGAGUCCAUCCCUCUGACGGCCACGGGGUCUUCCCAGCCUCCUCCGGCCACACCGGGCAGUGGUGGCAACAGCAGCAGCAGCAGCGCCAACCCGGCUACCAAGUAUAAGCAGGCCACCGUGUCAAUUGCCCCGUACAGCCGUGAGCACUACCUGUAAAUGCUGUAUUCCUAAAAGAAAGAAAAAAACUGCCACAUAUUUUGUCGUCAAGUCUGGAUACAGACACAAGAUCAGUGCCUGUUGUUUCAAUGACAGAGAGGUUUCAGAAUACUAUAUACAUCUUGAAAAUGGUUUUUCCAUUAUGUAGAGAAGUGUGGGUUUGGUGUGAGUUCUGAGUUUAAAUAUGCAUUUUCAGAAUUACAGGAUAUUCUCCACAUUUACAAAAAAAUAAGUGUGGAAAUGCUAACUCGAUUCAGAAUAUCUAUUGAAAAAAGAUGUGCAAAGCCAUAAAAAUGUAUUCUGAAAUGAUAUAUAUGUAAAGGAAAUUACUGUCCCUUUUUAAAUAAAACACAGCUCCACCAGAUUUGUACACAAAUGAUAAUUCAUCGGUGGCCUCAGAACUGUAAAGGUAUGCAUGCUGUGUGUAUGGAGAACAUUAGUGAUCUGUAAAAGCUUCAUGCGUAAUAAUGGGGCUUUUAAAAGCACCCUUCACUGCACCUGUGGAACUUGAGUAGAUUAGCAAAAUACUAAUUCCACAAUCAUCUUAAUUAUGUGAUUGUUUAAGUAUUCUGGUCUAGAUAUAGACAGCUUUCAUCUAUUCAUCGUUCAACCCACAUACGAUUUAUUGUUUGUUAAAAAAAAAUGUACUGUGGCAAAACCUCCCAUCGUGUAACUACAGCUUUUAUACAUUGUACACAAUGUGUGCUCCAUAAUGUCCGCAAGUUCUAUUUCAAUUCAUUCUUUACAAAAAAUAUAUAUGUAUACUUGCAUAUAUGCGAACGAUCUUUAAAACUGUUUUUAACGAUUCAACAUUUUUGCUGCAAUGGAAUAAUAUAAAGCCACACGCCUGGCCCAAAGAAAAACUAAAAUAGGAGAGUGGUGGAUGUUAACACAGAAACACGCUGUGUGUAAAGAGCACAUCUUUUGUCGCGUUAAUGAACUAUUGCCGAGAACAUGGACCCAACGAAUCAUGAGCGAACAAAAGUGCAGUCACCUCCAUGGGAUGGAACGCUUCUCUGAAAUGAGACGGAAUGGGAUCCGAAGGAAGCUGAGAUGGCUUAAUAGGCUGUUUCAUUGCACCGGUGUGUGAAGAUCUCACAAGCGUCUAUGAGUGGCGAGUUUAUAUAAUAGGCCCAUGUACACACUACUUUGAAUGAAAUUAAAUACGUUAAAAAAGAAAUGAAGAAAUGGGUAACUGUAUAUGUGUAGGCUAAAAUUGUUCAAAUAGUCUAAAGGAAAGUGUAUAAAUGACAUUGAGAGUGCAGUGCUGUAUAGUUCAAGCGUUGAUAUGCCUAACCUAGCCAUCAGUUGUUGUAAAAGAGCCAUUUAACUGUUGUUAUACUGCUUCUGAUGAAUGUUGCAUUCAUCCUGCCCUAUCUAUAGCUGUUGUGCCUUUUGAGAUGUACUUUUCAUUAGGAAAUUAAAUGGAAAUCGAACAAUUUACAAACUGCAUAUAUUGCCCAUUGUUGAUCCAAUCCCUCAUGGGAUAGUUUGUGUUAUUUUGCAAAAUCCUUUUGCUGAAAGAAAUGGAAAAGGGGGAUUGGUAAUAUCCAAAACCAAUUGGGACGUAACGAAACAGUUUUUAUAUAGCUGGGAUUAAAAAAAAUUAUCUAACAAAAAGUUGAAAGGGUUAUGGUACAUUGAAACGAUUUUCACAAGUCAAAAUGUUUCAUUUAAACUGGGGCUUGUAUAUUCACAGCUGUGACACAUUUGGCGUGAGGGCUGCACACCAGACGUGUGUUAAUAUUGAACCGCACAGUUCAAACUCCUCGAAGAUUUACAGAAUUCUAGAGGUGGCUUUCGGCAUAGAGAGAUAAAAGAGAAGGCUUGCUUUGUUGUGCCCUCUUUAACACCCUGGACAUCGAGGUUUAUCUAAACUCUCAAGCAUAGAGCACUGCAUUGUUGCAGUGUUCCAUCUCCUUAAGCUAUCCAAUGUCACAGCAUCCUUUUUAUACUUCCGCACAUCUAGGAAAAUUAUGAACCAUGGUGGUUGAGCGAUGUCAAGGUAGAAAAGUUGUGAUUUUACACAAUGUCCUUUCCGUUGUGAGCUUAGGCAAAUCGCUUCAACCAGACUACAGGGUACUAAACUAGUCUUUGUGAAACAUGUGACUUUGAUUCCGUGAUGUACGCGCCCAUACUUUUUUACACAAAAGACAUGAUAUUUGCCAGAAUGAGUUGGUAUUGCUGAAAUCAUUAAUCCCUGUGCAUUGGCAUUAAUGGACAAUCAAAAAAUGCUUAAAACAAAACACGUUAUUGCUGGGUGGAGUUGACUGAGCUUCAUUGUGAUCGUUCUUGCACGAGGGCCUCGGCAUUAUGAAUGACGAAUUUAUUAUGAGCGUGGCUGUCAAUCAUGAAAUAUUUCACCGUAAAUAUAGUGCAUUAGGAAUACAAUGUGCAGACAUCAACCCAAAUGCAAAAGUUAAUAAUCCCACCCGAACAUGUAAUGUAUAUAUAAUUUAGUUUGUUUUGCAUUGUUAAAUUAAAUAUGUAUACUAAUAGGUUAGCAUCCUUGGUUAAAUAAAGGAUAUAUUUAAAUUAAAUAAAAAUCGUUGCAUAAACAUUGCUAUUUUUUUAUUAGCUACAAUUUAUUAAAUAGUGGCUGCCGUUCUAUUGUACCUAAAACCAAUUUGAUAAUAGCAUUAGCCGUUUAUCGGAGGCCAAACAUAAAACGUGUUUACAUUCUCAUUACAUACUCUGGUUGCUUUUUCAGUGCGUUGUAGUUUACUUUAGAAUUAAAUAUUGAUAUGUUGUGGUUUGUUGCUAUUUAAAUUAUAUACUUUUUUAAUUAAAUGUGUUAUCCCAGAUGAUACAUUUCCUAUAAGGUUGCCUCUGGGACUUAGUAUUACAUUAAAUUGUAUUUAAUGGAGCUUUAGAAGUGCAUUCAAACACUGGUCAAUCAAAAUCAAUGUAGAAACCGAGAGAAAUACGGCGUUAAAAUUCAGUCCUUACGCAUUUCAAGGUAGUAGUUAGGAUUUAACGUUCGUCAUAAAUGUGAAUAAAACAAUGCAUUAGCACUUUUCAUACACAUCGGUAAAAAAAAACAACGAAAUAUUUCUGAAGCCAUGCUCUUAAUAUUGGCCACAAUCAGAGAAGCAGGCAGAAAGAAUGUAGCAUGUAAAUAAUGCACGGACAUUUUUCAAAUUUGACAGCCACGCUCCGUGUGGCCACCGUGUCAGCGUUGCUUUUUUAUUUUUUAGUUUUGCAUGACGCGGUGCAAUCCCUUGGCCACGCUGUCGCCAAGUCUGGCAGGUUCCAGGCCAAACGUUGGAGCACUUGUCACGAGCACAGAGCAUCAACAGCGGAUGUGCUAAGUACUCAUACUACGACUGAUGUAGAAGAAUACUGUACCCGAGUGUGGCGAAUGUAAAAGCCAACACUGCACUGUAUUUACAUUUACUUGCAAUGGUAUUUUACGACAAAAGUUAUAACAUUGUUGCUGGUUAGUUUUAAAUUAAUGUGCGCGUGUAAUGACAUUUUUUUGGUGAACAUUCCAUCCCGGUACGUGAAAAUAAAAUUGGUCCUUUGUUGCCUGAGCAUUGAUAAACCUUACGAUUUUUUCGUUGCAUCUAUAGGUGAAGGAAAUAGUUUUGUUUUUUUAAACAAAAAGAAAAAAAGAGAAAAAACCCACAAAAACUGAAAAAAAAACCUAAAAAACAUACCAACAGAUGUGUAAACACGGCAGAAAAAGGCUGUCCAGUCAAAUCUCUGCUAUCGCUCUAAUAGCUGAUGUUUUGUUUGUGUUUUUUUUACCGGUAUGUCACAAACCUGCUUUGCAAGAAACAAUAAAAAUGUUAAACCUGU